CCUUCUACCCCGGGGCAACUCUCUCCGGUCCCCCGCGCCCUAGGAACCAUUUUAAAGUUCUUGUGCUCUGUCUGGUGAGGGAGGGGCUCGGGCAGCGAGCCUAGCUCGGAGGAAGAGCGAGAGGAGGCCCCGAGACUGCGGGGAGCAAGCAACCAUGUGUCCUCUGGGACCACUGGGCGCUGGGCCGAAAUCCCCCGCCGCUGUGCGCCUUCCGCCGCGGAAAUCCAAAUCUCCUCCCAAAGUGCCCAUUGUGAUUCAAGACGAUAGCCUUCCCACGGGGCCCCCUCCACAGAUCCGCAUCCUCAAGAGACCCACCAGCAACGGUGUGGUCAGCAGCCCCAACUCCACCAGCAGGCCAGCCCUUCCAGUCAAGUCCCUAGCACAGCGGGAGGCGGAGUAUGCAGAGGCCCGGAGACGGAUCCUAGGCAGCGCCAGCCCUGAGGAGGAGCAGGAGAAACCCAUCCUCGACAGGCCAACCAGGAUCUCCCAACCUGAAGACAGCAGGCAGCCCAGUAAUGUGAUCAGACAGCCGUUGGGUCCUGAUGGGUCACAAGGCUUCAAACAGCGCAGAUAAAUGCAGGCAAGAAAGGAUGCUGCAGCCGCCACCAUCGCCUCCUGGAUCGUCUGCCAUGGGCCGCACUGCUGUGGCAGACAUCUGGACUUGAGCAGAGGGAAUACCCUGACUUACUUGCACUGUGAUCCCCCUUGCUCCGCCCACUGUGACCUUGAACCCCAUGCACUGUGACCUCUGCCUCCCCCUUCCCACUGUGAUUGGCAUGUUGACAAGGGCUGUCCCAAGUCAAUAGAAAGGGAAAGGGUGGGGACUAGGGGAGCCUUCCAAGGACUCAGAGUAGAGGGUCAGACAGUGCCACUUGGCCACUUGGGGUCAAGCCAGUGCCAGCAAUAACAGUUUAUCAUGCUCAUUAAUUUGGGAUUUCAAAACACAAGUGAGAACUCCCCCACCCACCCCAAGUGCAUGUCGCCAUCACUUAAAAGUUCCAUUGAAAAUAUCCUUUUUUUUUUCUUCCUAUUUUUGUUUGUUUAUACAAAUAUCUGAUUUGCAAGAAAAAGUGCAUGGAAGGGGUUUUAGCAGUUUAAUGAAUUUUUAAUUGAGAAAGGGUAGUUUAGUAGUCACUUAAAAGAUGUUUCUAGGAAAUUUGCUAGAAACAUUAACCAAUAGGAUUUCGAUGAGCGUAGCUUCUGUCUCCCUACUGCCGCCCCAAGGAGAGGCCGGGCUCCAGAGCCCCAGAGCAUCUGUGCCUAAAUCGCCUUUCUCCAGCUAAGUCCCGGCUAAGUCGCCUAGAGAUAGCUCCGAGAGCCUGGGGGAGAGAUGGGGAAAGAGACCGGCUUCCCCUCCCCACGCCCUCGGGGGGCUGGCUCCCUACCAGCCAGGCUCGCUGCUUCUAGAGAAGGGCACAGAGUGACCCCGGGCUCAGGAAGGCAGUGGUGACACGUGUGCAGUGUUUGCUUCCGCACAAGCCCAGGAGAGAGUCUGGCUCCAGAGCUCCAGGCCUCUGCCUGGAGUGGUCAGAGGGAGAGGCCUGCCCUUCCAGCAAGCCUGGAUGGAGCGCUUAGGGACGCGUGGGGCGCCACGGCUGUGGCUGGCCCCGGCUCAGAGACUGCAUCAUUGCCUGGUGAGGAGUGGAGCUAGAGCAGCAGGGGAGCUUCAGCACAGGCAGAUGGCAGACUGCUCCCUCGGAGGCCUCGGCUGCCCCUUCACGAGCAGAGCAAGGCUGGCUGGCGUGAGGGCCAUCCCUGUCCCGAGCCUGGAGGGUUGCCCUGGCUCUCGGUGGGAGAGGCUUGAGAGGGCGGCUGUGCCCCACCAGGUGCUCUCUGGCUUUUUGGGCUCUUCCAAUGCACUUCGCCUUACCCCUCGGCCUGCCUGACAGCCUCCCCUCCUGGCCAGCACUCAGGUUUGGGAGUGAGUGGUGUAUGGGGUCAGGGCAGCCACACGGCCAAGGUGUUGAGCUUUGCAGGGUCACAACGCCUUGGCUUCCUCUGGCCUCUGCCCUGUAGCAAUGGCCCACAUCAUCUGCCCAUUAGGAAGAGGCUCUUCCCUAGCACAGUCCUGGAUCUGCCUGAAACCAGGGGCCAUCUGGGAGUGAACGGGAACAGAGCCUCAGCAGGAGGGCCGGCCACCCCCAGGGUAGGAAGGAACUUGGCUGCUAGCUAGAGUCUAGGGCCCGCCCACAGGGGCUAGUGAUUUUGGUUGGAGGACAGACUGUCCUUUGGAGAAGGGUGCAGAAACCCCCACUUGCCUGGUCCCCUCUAGUGGAAGCCAAGGGCAGGUUGCAUCUGCGCGUGAGAGCUGCAGGAGUGCCUCUCCCAUCUCAGUCUGGCCAAAGAAGGCCCCGCCCACAGUGCACCUGCCUCCCCACGCCCACCAGCAGUCGUGCCUUUGGCCUCCUAGAGAGGUGGCCGGCACCACUAGAGAAGGAAAGGAAGGAAAGAAAACAGACUGGUGUUGGGGGAGGGGGCGUGGGAAACGGUUUGGAAUUUGUGUGUUUGUGGGGUUUAUUUUUGUGUGUGUGCGCGCGCGCGUGUGUUUUUCCAUUUUUUUGUAGUUGUCUAUAACUCCAUUAAGUGCUUUUGUUUUCUUUUUUUCUUUCUGUCUUUUAAGUAAGUUGCAGGCUUUGGCUUGGAAAUCCCCAGGGGGAUGAAGGGCAGGGACCUGAGGCUGCUGCCCCUUUGUCUGCCUUCAUGGUACUGUCCCUUCCCCCAGCUCUUCCUGGACCCCAGGAGCCAGGCCUCAGCCCUUCCAGCUAACCGCUUCCCAUGAGCCACUACUCUGAUGUCAGCCUAUAACCAAAGGAGCUGGGGGCCCGGGUCUGGUGACCAACCCUUCUUAGUCCCCUCAAUCAGGGUGCUCCCCACCUGCAGGCAGGAGGCCACACCCUAUCUGCUGCCAUCAGCCCCUUCCAGAGCCCAUCUGUCCCGCCUAGCCCUGUCCUGCCCUGCCAUACCCUGCCCUGCCCCAUGGGGGUGCUGUGCUCAGGGAUGGGCCGGCAGGGCUGCAGCCAGUCUCCCUGGUAAGCAGAGACCCGAGAAAACCUCAGGUCCUGCUUCUGCUCAUAGGACCCAGGGGGGACCCUUGGGCGUCUGUACAGAGGGCCUGGGAGGGAGGGCCGCACCCUGCAGUCUUGCUCGCUGCUGUGGCAGGCAGCUCCUUCCCCAACCCCCACCGCGGGCUCCCGAGUCGGCAGAUUAAGCAUUUUAUAAAUUGUAUUUUAAAUACAUGUUUUAAACUUGUCA